GUCCAGUUAGAGAUUAAGAGGAGAAGCUGUCCUUUCUUUGUGUUGUGUUUUGGUAUUAAGUAGGUUGGGGGGAAAAAGUCGGUUCUGAUAGUUUUUAGUUUAACUUUACUUUUCUCGUGCAUCCAGACAGCCAUGGAAUGGAAAUUAACUCGUCGGAUUUUGGGAAGGACGCGUGUGUUUUGCUUUUUCUACCUUCUGUUUUCCACAGCUGGAGGGGAGACAUCCACGCUGACCGUUUCUUCACCCCACCAGCUCUACUCUUGCCCGGAGGGAGCCACUGCCAAACUGGUGUGUAACCAGAGGGGUGCAGCUAAGCACCCUACCGAUGUUCUGAGACCCAUCUGGCUUUUCACACCUCACUCUGAAAAGCACUGCUCGGGAUCCACUGGCCCACGCAACAUCCAUCACCGCAGCAACCACACCUUGCCGCCGGGAUUGCACUUUGGUCAUGGAGACCACAAUUUAUGGAUAGUCCUGCAGAAUGUGACCCGCGCUGACCAGGGGCGUUACUGCUGUAUGCUCCUCGACACUGUUGGGGGACAUCAACAUGUUGAGAUUCUGCAGAAGCCCCACAGCCAUAUUAUUCUUCAUGUUACAGCACGGAGAAAUGGAACUCAGAACUGCACUGUGCUGGAUCCCACACCCACUGAUGACUCCGUGCCAGUGGUCUUGGCCAUAGCUGCCUGCCUCUUGGCUGUGGUCUCCCUGCCUCUUAUUCUGGUGCUUGUGUACAAACAGAGGCAGACUGCCCAGUCGAGCAGACGUGCACAAGAGCUGGUGAGGAUGGACAGUGAGGCUAUCGGCCAUGAGAACCCCGUGUUUCUGGGAGGAUCGCCACAUACAAAGACCCGCACUGUUUCUCAGAUCAUGACGAGACAGUCAUCUGAGACAGGCCGCCACCUGUUGUCCGAGCCUGGAACUCCGCUUUCCCCUCCUGCACACGGUGACGUGUUCUUCCCGUCAGAAGACACCAUCCCCGAGUCUCCAGACUUUCUGCAGAUUUAAAGGGGAGUGAACCUCCUUUCAUCGCUCUUUCUGCUGAUCAGGAAACGGUCCUGCAAUUCUUUUCCUGUACUCUCUGCCUCCAGAGCAAUGUCUGUUUCACAAUAACCACUCCCGGGACUGUGGCCUGCAAACUGUCUGGACCGCAGGGGGGGGAAACGACGGCAUUCUUGAUUCCAAAACUAUGUCCACCUGCAACAACAGCUGGAGGCCAGAAGCAGACUUUUGCUUUUGACCACUUUGGAUUCCGGCAGCGGCUCGGCUGGUGUUCGCUGUUCCUUCCAAAUGCAUUAGAGGGCUCCUUGAACAUAUAGCGUCGCUGUAUGAUUCUACACAUGAGCCCACACUGCUGGCAUUAGUGGUUGACAGUGAGGCUUGAUCGACACCAAAGUUGGUACAAACUUGUGCUCGUUUGGUUUGGUUUGGCGAAUCUGUUAUGAAAUCUGAAAGUCAUAAAGCAGAAAAACCUGUAUUCUGUCCAAAUACUGUCACUGAUACAAUCUGCAUGUGGUGGAAAGCAGAGCAACAAGAGAAAUGUGUAAGAUUAAAUGCAUCCAUACAUAUUUUCUCAAAGACACAGUCUUCAAUGUGAAGAACACAUAUUUUUGUGACAAUCAUGGCAGAUUGGCAACUGAUACUCUCCUCACAUCCCUCAGAGUGUAAUUAGUGGUCCAUCCUGAGGUGUGCGCUCACCAGAGAAGCCCUAUUAUUUUUAAACAGGCUGGCAGUAAUUUGUUUCAUGGCAUUACUUUGUUCCACUGAAGUCUUGUUUUUGGUCUUGACUGUUUUUUUUUCCUUCAUAUCUUUUUGCUACCUCGAUUACUGUCAGCUCGAAAUAUUUCUUCCUCUACUGUCAGAAAUGCUGCACUUUACUGUGGCCUUAAAUAUAAGCGCAAAGUGCUAAAAAACUGCAACAACUAUGUAUCUUGCUGAUGGUUGUGCUUAUGUACAUAUUGAUAAUAAAGUGUAAAAACAUUGUAUUAUGAAUGUAGCCUUACGGAUACAUAAUAUAAAACCAGGAAAAACCGAUCACUGCCACCACAAUGCUGUUAAGUGCACAUUUUUUUUCUCUGGGUUUCACUGUGGUUAUGUGUAUUUAAAAGUAUUAAUUCCUGUUUUGCGUGUGCAAUGAGACUGAUAAGAAAGCAAAGGUUUUGAAAUGUUAAACAAACACCAGUCGUGUCACAGUGGAUUGAGCCUUAACAAAAACAAACAAAGCAGAGGUAAAUGUAAAUGACUGUUGUGUUAAGAGUAGUCGUGUGAUGUUGUCAAACCACAAAUGGGUUUGCAUUUCUUUCAGGCAGAAGUAAAAUGCAUGAGGCAGGUUCUCAGUGUAAGUGAUCUCCAGAGUGAUAUGCGCAGCAGGUGUGUAGGUCAGGGUGUAACGUAUGACUGUUUCCUUCAUUUUUUGUAAAGAAACUGUUUAUUAUUUGUAUUUUCCAGUGUUUCGUUUGCAUGUGUGUGUGUGUGUGUGUGUGUGUGUGUGUGUGUGUGUGUGUGUGUGUGCACUUAAAAGUGCGGGGUAUGUGUUAACUCGAGUGCAAUUGUUCAUUUUUAUACUGCAGAAUGCUUGUAUUGGAACAUGAAUGCAGUGGAUGCAUGUUUAUUCUGUACAUUGCUUUUAAAUUGCCCUGUUAGUAGUUUGUAUAAUAAAGAGGAGCUCUUAAACUUUAAA